UGUCUUGAAUUAGUGCAUUUUUAAAAUGUGGCGUUCAUUUAAAAAUAGUUUCUUCUACAUAGCUCUUAUUCGGACAGACCGCUUAAUUGCCAAAACAAAUAUUGAAUCAAAAAACUAAUCCAAAAAAGCAGUGAUAUCUUUUAAACUGAUGUAUCCCGCAUAAUCAGUGAUUGUUAAUUAAUGAAAUGUGUAAACAAAAGUGGAUGGGGAAAGAAACCUAAGGGCGACGCGUUCGAUUUCUCCAACCACAAUAUAACUAAUGAAUAGAGAUUAGCAUUUCUGUAUCACAGACUCGAGACAUCUGCUAAGUCUGCAAAACCACUUCCCAGGCAACUUUAGUUGUAAGCUAAACGCGUUUCGAUAUGAAACCAAUCGGGCUCGUACUCUGUUUAAUCGCCGUGACUAAUAUUCAAUCAGGAGCCUUAUCGCAGGACUCCGGGCCAGAAAACAUCCGUACGGCCUUACCGUUGCUCUAUUUGCUGGCGUAUCCGGGUGCCGUACCACAAAUUGGGGCACCCUUGCCAGGAAUCCCGAUUAGGAGACCACAAGAUGAAAUUCCAGUACGCAAACCGCAGGGCGACACAUCUGCCAGCAAUGGAAAUAUGAAAUUGCCGCUGUCCGAUGAAGCCGCAAGUUCUCAGCAGACAAAUAACAUUGUACGUGAGCAGUUUCUGCAGGGUAUUCUUCAGGGCUUGCAGCAGCCGGGCCCUGGAUCGAUUAGCCCCACAAUUUCACCCGCUGUGCUGGCAGACUUUCUCGCUCAAGCCACUACCAGCUCCACCCGAAAGCCCUCGGUGGAAAAAGAUGCCAACGGGUCUGAUAACGAUGAGGAUUACGACUACAUAGACUUUAAGAACGGUUCGCGCAUCAAAUACGAUAUCGACGAGCCCGUGAAUAAAGUACUUCAGCCCACUUCCAAGCCAACCUCUUCAGCUCGUCCUGCAAGUCCUUCUACCGUAGUUUAUUAUAGACGCCCAACUAACUACGUAUAUUAUAGACCAGUCUACGCACCCUACCGUUUGGGCUAG